AUGUAUGCCGUUCUGAAAGAACAUCAUGAGGAGGAUAGCGUAUUGCAACGCCUAUGGGAAGAGUUAAACUCAAUUCCCGACUGGGUUGAUUGGACUCAAAUUGAGCGCGGUCAAGAGUUUUUCUAUCGGUAUUUGGUACCAAAUCUCACCGGGCUUGCACUACAAGGGGUUUUGGGAGGCACCGCAACAAUUGCAGGUGGAACCGAAAUUUUCGUGCGGACUGGAGGGUUCUCCCUUCGGGUCAUGCCAAGGCGAUUCCUCGAAAAUUUUCUAUGGCUUUCACAAGUUGCGAUGGACCUGAAAUCUAUCCAGCCGGGUGGAGCAGGCCAUACUUCGACAGUGCGUGUUCGACUGUUGCAUGCCACAGUAAGCCGCCGCAUCCUGAAGCUCAUGAAUCAAAACCCGACGUACUUUGAUGAAGUCGAGUAUAGGGCGCCAGUCAAUUUGAGAGAUGUCAUUCACGCAACAGCGAUCUUCUGCUGCAUGCCCUUGUUUCGCCAACUCCCUAAGAUCGGUAUCCAGCCCCGCCCAAAUGAGACGAAAGACUUCCUUGCAUUGUUCCGAUACAUUGCCUAUGUUAUGGCUACCCCGAAUUCGUAUUUCGAUGGAGUUGAACAGUCCAAAGCGACAAUGAAGAGUAUCAUGGCAUGUGAGCCUGAGCCAACCGAGGCGUCCAAAUCUAUUGGAGCCAAUUUCCUCACUGCGGUCCAGGAUUACCCGGGUAUCAAUGUGUCCAGAUCGAUGACCGAGAUAGGUUGUCGUACCUUGAGUGGUGAUGAGCUAACAGAUAAAAUGGGAAUUUCUCGACCAGAUAUCUUUUUCUGUGCUUCGUUCAGGGGCUGGUGUCAACUCCUCGUGGUAGUUACGUCCCUUCAGCGGUGCAUCCCAGCUUUUGACCGAAUGAUGAUCAAGCAUCUCGGUGAUCUACUUGGUGGAACGUGGUCUAUUGGUGGUCCUCAGCCAUCCGAUCCCUUGGAAGGUAUUCUGAGGACCGGUCAAGGUCUUUCCUACUCUCACAAUAACUACGAGGGCGAUGGCUCAAUUGGACGAAACGAUGCUUAUACCAACCACGGUGAUGCCCAUUCGCUCAACAUAUCCAAAUUCGAAGCCGUCUAUGCUGUCGGUGGCGAUGACUUGUCUGAGAACGGGUACGACCAACGCUAUACUAUCGACAAGUUCCGUGCUCGAUAUGCAGAGGUGCAGGCAGAUUCCAUCGCCACCAACCCGUACUACUUCACUGGCGCUUUCUCGACAAUUGUGGUUGUGCCUGCGGCGUAUAACUUUGUCAUUAACUUCAUGUCGAACUUUUCGGCAGAGGAGCCGACAGGAUACCUGGACGGCUUCACCUUCAAACAGUUCUUCGGUGUAUCUGGCUCCCCUGGUUCCUUCGUUUGGAACAAAGGACAAGAAAUUAUUCCUAACAAUUGGUACCGCCGCCCCUCCACCGCGCCCUACAGCCUUGACGAUGUCGUGUUGGACGUCGGCAUCGGAUAUCUUGCGUACCCGGACACUUUGAAGAUUGGGGGAAAUACUGGCUCGGUAAACUCUUUUACAGGUGUCGAGGUUUCAGAUCUCACUGGUGGCGUCCUGGACGCCGGAAACUUGUUUGAGGGUGAUAAUUUUGCGUGCUUCGUCUUUAGUCUUUUGCAGCAAGGAAUUCCGGAUUUCCUUAAGGGCCCUCUGGCGGAUAUUUUCAAUGCGACCUCGUUCUUGGAUCCUUUCUUGGCUCCAAUCCUGGGGAAGCUUGAAUGUCCGGAGCUUGGACAGUAUGAUCAGAGUCUGUUCAACCAUUUCCCUGGUUACACCUACAGCCCAACUGGGCCGGAUACCAACUACUAG